AUGGAUACGCUAUUGAGCCUCUCUCUGAUUGUCGGGCUCGGUUUAUCGAUAUUACAAGUAACUUCCGGGACUUUGACGAUUAGCUCUCAGCCAUAUGCCUCGUCGGGCUCGUUUUUGACUGUUGUCAUCCUUGCUGGUAGAUAUCUCGAAGCAGUAAUACGGAGAGAGGGGAAUGCACACCUCAUAGCGCUUUAUGAGAUGAAAAAGGAGAAGGAAACCUACCAGAUCUUUGGAACUGAUGAUGUAAUACCAGCAUCUUUGCUGAAGAAGGGCGAUGAUGUCGUCAUUUUGCCGCAAGCUACGGUGCCAUGCGAUUGCUACAUCGUUGACGGUAGCUCAUCCAUCGAUGAAUCCACUAUUACUGGAGAAGCAUCACCCGUAACAAAAGAGAUGGGAGACUUUCUGCUCGCGGGAACGAAAAAUCUAUCCCGCCGGCUGCGAAUCACUAUCUGUCAAGACCAAAGCGAGUCUUCCCUUACUAAGGUCAUCGAAGGUGUGUCUACUGCUAGCGAACAGCGACUCGAAGGCACAGAGUCACUCGACGUCAUCAUGAGGGUCUUCGUAUCUGGGGUGAUGCUGCUCGCACUUGUAGCAUUCACGAUUACUCUCAAUCGUCACUGGGGAUCACCUAUCAUGGACAUGAUCACGGCCGCAUGUGAACGCGCCAUGACCGUACUGGCUGCUGCAUGUCCUUGUGGGAUAGGCUUAGCGACUCCGUCUGCGGCGAUGGCUGGAGUCGAUGCUGCAUACUCAGAGGGUAUCCUUCUGAGUGGCGGUAUCAGAACCAUGGAAGCCCUAUCCAAGGCGACACAUGUCGUUAUGGAUAAGACCGGCACUCUGACAAAAGGGAAUCUCAAUGUCGUGAUCCACCACUUUGAUGAACAAUUGACGCUCAACAAAGAUAUAUGUUAUCGGCUGUUAGCGGCCGCGGAAGCAGAAGACGCUCGCGUCCAUCCUGUGGCAAAGGCAGUCUUCAAGUGGGCGCUGACUGCAGGCACUUCGAGCGGGACGAUGCACUUCCCAGAACACGUAAGACAAACACGCCAUCUCAGGUCCACUCCUGGUAAAGGAAUGAGCUGUGAAGUGCAGGCUUUCACCGAUGUCUGGAUCAAGGUUAGCAUAGGAACAGCUGGAUACCUUAACCAGAACGGCAUCGAGGUUGCAACCGAGAGCACUGAAACCUCCAAAAUCUAUUUCGCUUUCGACGGGCGAUAUGGCGGUUACGUUUAUGUUCAAGACACCAUCCGCCCUGAAGCUUCCUCAGUCAUCAAACGUCUCUUGUCAGACGGCUUGCGAGUCACUAUGCUUACAGGUGAUGCCGAGCCCGAAGCCUCGCGCAUAUCUUCCCUCCUCGACAUACCAGUUCUCGCGUCGCGCGCAUCGCCUUUCGACAAAAUGCGACACGUUCAAGACUUACAACGACAGGGUCACCACGUCGUGAUGGUCGGCGAUGGUGUGAACGAUGUUCUGGCACAAUCAAAAGCGGACGUAGGUGUAUCGGUAUCAUUGGCACAGGGAUGUUUAGCUCGCGCGGGGAGCGUUGUCAUACUAUCGGGUGAUUUGCGAUGUCUUGCUGCUGCGUUCUCGAUUUCAAAACAGGUAUUAGCUCAAGCGAGAAUGAACGUAAAAUGGGCUUUGGUCUACAAUGCCGUUGCUUUGAGUCUGGCGUUAGGCUUGUUCCAGGGUUGGAGUAUUGCUAUCACUCCCUCGAUGGCUGGGAGUAUGAUGGCAAUGUCAAGCUCCCACAGAGAUUGA